CAUCUGACCCCGGUGGAGUUAUAAAUACAACAACAGUAGAGACCUAACUGGAUUAUAAUUAGACAAUGAGCCCAGGAGGAUGGGAACAAUGAACUAUAAAAGCCCAUCUACCCUCCCAGCUAGGACCUACACACACGGGAAGCACCAGAAUGGGCGAGUUACCAGGACCUGUAACAGAAAAGCUACAGAUUUCCCCCAAAUUGGAUUUGGAGCAUCCUCUAACAGCUCACGCUCCUGCCACCAAGUAUUACACAGCCCUGGUCACGGGAGACCUGCAAAGCCUCGAGGUGCUGACCGACCGGUACUAUCAAGAUGUGAACCUGGUUUUUGAGAUCAGUAAAGAUGAGCUGGAGUGGCAGGUGAAAAGCCAAGCGUCUUAUGGACUCUCAGGGCUGUGGUCGCUGGAGUACAAGCGGGAGCUGAGCACCCCGCUGUGCCUCGCCGCCCGCCGCGGCCACGCCGCCGUCCUGCGCUACCUCCUCCGCCGUCGGGCAGACCCCGACCUGGCGCCGGGCGGGCGCGGGCCCCUGCACGAAGCCUGUCUCGGGGCUCACACGGAGUGCGCCGCGCUGCUGCUGCAGCACAGGGCUGACCCCAACCUGCGGAGCGACCAGGGGCUGGCCCCGCUGCACCUCUGCACCACGCGGGACUCGCUGGGAUGUGCCAAGCUCCUCCUGAGACACGGAGCCACCGUCAACCUGCCGAGUGAGGACAGGGGGGAGACAGCUCUGCAUGUGGCGGCCAGGCACUGCCUCUGCGACCAUGCCUGGCUCUACCUGCGCCACGGGGCACACGUGGACGCACUCAGCAUGCAGGAGGAGACAGCGCUCAGCAUCCUCUGUGGGCAGGCACCGGGCGCCGAGGGAUGCCUGCAGCUCUGCCGGCUCCUGGCUGCCCACGGUGCCAAUGUGGAUGCCCGGGAUGAGGCACGCAGGAGCCCCUUGCACAAGGCUUGUGGGGCUGCCAACGCCGGCCUGGCACGUUUCCUCCUGCAGCACGGGGCUGAUGUCAAUGCCAUUGACUACAAUGGCAUGUCCCCGCUGGGCUGUGUGCUGCAGGGUGCUGCCUUCAAACGGGACCUGCGGCCCCAUGUUGUCGUCCAACUGCUGCUUAACCACGGCUCCCAGAAGAUAUGGCCCCCCGCCUUUGCCAAGGUGCUGAAGUCCUGCGCAGCCGUGCCGGAGGUCGUCGAAGUCCUCUUCAAUUCCUACUCACAAAUUUCCAUCUCCAGGAAGUGGGCUGAGGCCGUGCCGGAGGAGGUGCUUCAGCAGCUAAAGACGGGAGGUCACAUUAACUUAUAAUACGGAGACACAUAAAAAUGCGAUUAUGCCUGCUAAACAGAACACAGUAGGCUGCUAGUUAAGACAAUGAGAUUUCCAGGAAGCGAUGCAUAAAUUCUUCCCCAAAAUGACACAUUUUUCACGUUUCAUUCCAAUUAAAUUACUGAGGCAGCGAACACACCAUACAUUUGGGUGAAAUGAAGGGGUUUCUGGGCUUUUUUUUCUUCUGUAAGUCUAUCCGGAUGCGCGUGUUUUAUGAAAGGCGGUUAAUAUUAAGCUGCUAUUAAGGAAAAAAAUGUCAGAGACCUUCGCUCCUCGCCUUUUCCUUGUGGCGGGGCUGGUCUGUCUCGGUAUUCCACCCUGCAGCAAUAAAACCACCGAUGGUCCCGGCCGGCAGCGGCUGCAAAAUAAGCUCCAAAUAAUAGGAAUUACCCGCCCUGAUGCACACACGUCUCUGUUUGCUGGUUAAACAGCCGGGGAUGGGGAGAACUAAGGAUACACACACACACACACCCCCAAAAAAAAGAGGCUUUUCCAGCCAGUCGGGUGUUUUCCGACCCAGGCUCCCUCCGAAGCCGCAGCCGGAACCCCCGGGGCGGCUGCGGGAUGAAGUAGUGGGCUGUUUUGAAGGGGAGGGGGGGGGGAUGUUAUCCCUAUGAGAAUUGCUUGCUCCCCACCACCUUCUCAACGGCUGCAAAAGGGGCUCAUCAGGGUGGUAAUCAAGCCCCGAAGUGGUGUCCCCGGUAAUGAAACCGCAUUUGAUUUUAUGAUGGUUUUAUUUUCCGAAGCAGAGCGAGGCAGCGCGCAGGCUGCGCUGAGGCGGGUGAUCCGCAAAGCAAUCCCAACCCGAAAUGAGAUUUCGCCUUCUUUUUUUUUUUCUCCCCUCUCGUAGUCCUAAUGAACCUGAUUGCAGGAACAUUUAUAAUCCCCCAUGGCUUUAAAUGAAAUCAGAUAUAAUCAGGAGCUAUGGGGAAAGGGAGUGUUUACAGGCAGAGAUUGGGAAGUGCUGCUGUAUUAGUAAAGAUGCUGUUCCUUCUAUUGAUGUCUAAGAUGAUGGAUAAUGUGAGAAUGGCAAAUAUACUAUUUGUCUAAUGGCUCUGCAAUUAAAUUCCCCUGUAAAUGA